AUGGAUUUUGUAGCUCUUCCUAAAAUCGAGCUCCACGCUCACUUGACGGGCAGCAUAAGCCGCCGCACCCUCCACGACAUCUGGGUCCUCAAGCACGAGGCAGGCGAAACGGACCUCGAGGACCCCCUCGUCGUGAUGCCGGACGGCAAACACGACUACGACCUCACCACCUUCUUCCCCCUCUUCUCAUCCUACAUCUACAACCUCAUCACCGACGUCGACACCCUCCGCAAAGCAACUUUCUCCGUCCUGCAAGACUUCCACGCAGACGGCGUAACCUACCUCGAACUCCGCACCACCCCGCGCUCCUUACCCUCGCCGACCCCCCAGCCGCCGUCCGUCUACGUCGCCACCAUCCUCUCCGCGAUAGACGCCUUCGAGACCUCUCAUAGGAAGAACCCCAACGCCAUGCGUACCCGCCUCAUCCUCUCCAUCGACCGCCGCCACACCCCAGCCCAAGCCCACGAAACAGUCCGCCUCGCAGCCUCCUUCCGCGACAGGGGCGUCGUCGGCGUAGACCUCUGCGGCGACCCGGCCGCCCGCAUCCACACUGGCCAGGACGACGGCAACUCGGAAAACAUCUCCAUCUUCCGCCCCGCCUUCGCCGAAGCCCGAACCCUCGGCCUCGGCAUCACGAUCCACUUUGGCGAGGCAGAGUGCUCCGGCCACCCCGUAGAGCUCGCCGAGAUCCUGUCGUGGUCGCCGCGGCGACUGGGCCACGUGAUCCACCUUGGCGACGACGUGAAGCGGGAAAUCGCCAAGCGCGGCAUCGGGCUCGAGCUGUGUCUCAGCUGCAACGUCCACGCGGGCAUGGUGACGGGCGGGUUCGAGGGCCAUCAUUUCGGGGAGUGGUGGGGCGUGGAAGGGAGCUUGAUAUCUCUGGGCACCGACGACGUUGGCGUCUUCGGCAGUCCCUUGUCCAACGAGUACAGGUUGGUAGCGGAGCACUUCAAGCUCUCGCGCGACGAAAUCUGCGCUCUCGCCCGGCGGGGCAUAGAGACCAUCUUUGCAGACGAGACCGAGAAAGAACGUCUCCGGCAACUGAUGUGGAAUCCUGCCGCCAUCACUGCCGCAGCUGCUGCCCAACAAUAA